GUGGGGGGGGGGGGGGGGGGGAAGGGGGUUGGGGGUUAGGAAGGCUUUGCCACUGCCAGGGCUGAUGUGACUGACGGCCUCGGCAUGUAAAUUCGUUUUCCGCCGUUCCGAAUCUCAGACGAGUAGCGGCUUUCCGAGCGACACAGGAGCUACCACUGGCUCCUCUCGACCGGCCACUAUGAAGUCUGUUUGUUUUUCGUGGCGUUUCUGUUUGUUUUUUCUCCUCUUAAAUACUGCUCCCUGUUUAGGAACCACCGGCCUUCAAGGGGGCCCUAUGGCAGACAGAGACGAGUGCGCCGAGAGCACGGACGACUGUCACAUCGACGCGAUCUGCCAGAACACGGCGCAGGCGUACCGCUGCAUCUGCAAGCCGGGCUUCAAGGGAGACGGAACGCACUGCGAGGACAUCGACGAGUGCGACAGCGACUACACCGGCGGCUGCGUUCACGAGUGCAUCAACAUCCCCGGCAACUACCGGUGCACUUGCUACGAUGGCUUCAUGCUCGCCGAGGACGGACACAACUGCUUCGACGUUGACGAGUGCGAGGUUAACAAUGGCGGCUGCCAGCACGUGUGCGUCAAUACGAUGGGCAGCUACGAGUGCCUGUGCAAAGAGGGCUUCUUCCUCAGCGACAACCAACACACCUGCAUCCACCGCUCCGAAGAAGGCAUGAACUGCAUGAACAAGGCCCACGGCUGCCAGCACAUCUGCAUCGAGACGCCCAAGGAGGGAGUGGCAUGCGAAUGCCGGCCAGGCUUUGAGCUGGCACGGAACAAGCGCGACUGUCUCCUGACGUGUAACCACGGCAACGGAGGGUGCCACCAUGCUUGUGACGACACGGAUGAUGGCCCUGUAUGCGGCUGCCACCAAAACUACGCACUUCACUCCGACGGGAAGACGUGUAUCGAAAGGAGUGAGGCUGCUAUUGAGAGCACUGAGUUCAAUGCCACCUCGGUGGUUGAUGUGGACAAGCGGGGAACGCGUCGCCUGCUGAUGGAAACAUGCGCCAUCAACAACGGCGGCUGCGACCGCACCUGCAAGGACACCUCCACCGGCGUGCACUGCAGCUGCCCAGCCGGGUUCACGUUGCAGCCAGACGGCAAAACUUGUAAAGACAUUGAUGAAUGUCAGCUGGGCAACGGUGGCUGUGACCACGUCUGCCGGAACACAGUGGGCAGCUUCGAGUGCAGCUGCCAGAAGGGCUACAAGCUUCUGACGGACGAACGUUCCUGCCAAGAUAUCGACGAGUGCUCGUUUGACCGCGCGUGCGAUCACACGUGCAUCAACUACCCGGGCAGCUUCGAGUGCCGCUGCGAUCGUGGCUACACGCUCUACGCGCUCACGCACUGCGGAGACGUGGACGAAUGCAGCAUCAACAACGGCGGCUGCCAGCAGCAGUGCGUCAACGCUCCAGGCAGCUUUGAUUGCCGCUGCUGGGCCGGCUACAGGCUGCACUGGAACAAGAAGGACUGCAUCGAGGCCCAGCGGUGUUUGCCGACAAAAACGCCAGCCAAGGCCAUCCUGAGCUGCGGCAAGACGGGCGGGCAGGAAAGCUGUGCCCUGACGUGCCAGGCCAAGGCUCACUACACGUCAGAGAACAGCCUCGUGAACUUCGUGAACCUCAAGUGCGACUCGACCAAGGGGAAGCCGAACCGCAAGGGACGCAAGGCGCCCAACCUGGAGUCGAGGAUCACGGCCGAGUUUGAGAUCGAAGUGAGCGCCGAGGCGGCGACAGCCUCGUGCGACGUGCAGUGCGUCAAGAAGAAGACCGACAAGAAGCUGCGCAAGACCAUCCGCGCCCUCAAGAAGUCCAUCAACAAGGAGCAGUUCGUCGUGCGCUUCUCGGGCACCGACUACGAGGUGACGCGCAAGGCCCCCAAGAAGAGCGAGCGCCAGGGCCCUUGCAGCGCCGGCCAGGUGCCCACGGACGGCAAGUGCGUGAGCUGCAGGCCCGGCACGUUCUACAGCGGCGCGCAGGAGAAGUGCCUGUCGUGCUCGCCCGGCACCUACCAGGACAAGGAGGGCCAGCUGGCGUGCGAGCCUUGCCCCGGCACCGACGUCAAGGGCCUGCUGGGCGUGCUGGGCGCCCGCAACAUCUCCGAGUGCGCCGGGAAGUGUCCUCCGGGGCACUUUUCAGCGGACGGGUUCCGCCCGUGCCAGCACUGCCCGAUGGGGACGUACCAACCCGAGGCGGGCCGCUCUUCGUGCUUCCUGUGCGGAGGGGGCCUCAUGACCAAGUUUGAGGGCUCCACCGCGUUCCAGGACUGCGAGACCAGAGUGCACUGCUCACCGGGACACUAUUACGACAGCGGGACGCACCGCUGCGUGCGCUGCCCCAUCGGGACCUACCAGCCCGAGUUCGGACAGAACUUCUGCGUGGGAUGCCCCGGGAACACCACCACCGACUUCGACGGCUCCACCAACGUGACGCAGUGCAAAAACACGCUGUGCGGCGGGGAGCUGGGCGAGUUCACCGGCUUCAUCGAGUCGCCCAACUACCCGGGCGACUACCCCUCCAACGUGGAGUGCACGUGGAACAUCAGCCCGCCGCAGAACCGGCGCAUCCUCAUCGUGGUGCCCGAGAUCUUCCUGCCAAUCGACGACGAGUGCGGGGACUACCUCGUCAUGAGGAAAACCGCCUCGCCGUACUCGGUGACCACCUACGAGACGUGCCAGACGUACGAGCGGCCCAUCGCCUUCACCUCGCGCUCGCGCCGCCUCUGGGUGCAGUUCAAGUCCAACGAGGGCAACAGCGCCAAGGGCUUCCAGGUCCACUACGUGACGUACGACGAGGACUACCAGGAGCUAAUUGAAGACAUCGUCCGUGAUGGGAGGCUAUACGCAUCAGAAAAUCACCAGGAAAUACUCAAGGAUAAAAAUUUGAUCAAGAUUCUGUUCGAAGUGCUGGCACACCCGCAGAACUACUUCAAAUACACGAAGGCGGACUCCAAAAAGAUGUUCCCGCAGUCCUUCAUUAAGUUCCUGCACUCCAAAGUGUCGCGGUUCCUGAGGCCCUACAAAUAACGUGCCGGCAGCCGCAAGGGAAAACUGCACCUUCUCUCUUGAGUGACAGCUGGAACAACCCUUGCCUUCUGCUCGCCGGAUGAAGCUACGCGUGCUAAUGAUGGGUUCGGGGUGGGGGGGUUCGGGGGGGGGGUGUGAACCGCCCCCACCACCCCCCCCCCCCUGUUACCCCCACACACACCUACGUCCUGAGCGGAUUUUGACUCUUUGUCUUCUAACUCGAGCAGUGCUUCGACACCUAACUAGAGCUUCGUCAAGUUCACCCGAGGCAGAAAACGGCUCUCCCUCUCUUGCCCGGCUAACGGCGGCUGCUGCUGUGCAUUUGUUAACACUUCGUAGAACUCUCUUGGCCUUGUUAUGCAAGUGUUCGCCCGAAGACGUCCCAAGAAAGUCCAGUGUUUUAAAAGAAACAAUAAGAAGAAGAAGAAAACUAAGAUUAAAAAACGGCUAAAUGGAAAAUCUGUAAAAGGACCGUGUGAAUAGAAACCUUUGUGCGUACAGCAACGAGUCUUCUGGAAAAUAUUUCUAAGAAAAAUCCCAGAAGAUUUUCUUGCAUGGACAGAAAGGCACUCUUGCUUGUUAUAUAUGCACUACUGUAUUUUGUAUACAAAAGGUUAGACUUUUUUUCCCCCCAGCAAGUGGUUCAUAUCAUCAGCUUGCAAGAUCACUAUUGUAUUUAUGGACAUUAAACAGAGGCUCUGUGGAUUAUAUUACUAGACUAGAUGGGUUAUAAAGCUGAAUUUGUGUUGAUUGCUUAUUAUACACGGCUUAUUAACGGAAUGCUGUGUGUUGGAAAGGCGGGGGGGGGGGGGUGUUGGGAGGGUGUAGGGUUUGGGUGGGUGGAUGGAUGGGGGAGACUACUUAAAGAACCUGGCCACAAUUUUUUGGAACUGAUACCAAAGUGAAAUGUGAUGCCUGAAAACGAAUAAAAGAGAUGUAGAAAAUUGCACUUGAAAAUGUGAAUUCCAAGUCUUCUAACCUCGUGAGAAAAAAAAAAGUCGCAUAAAUAAAUGAGCAAAAAAUAUGUUGCAUUAUUUGUUCACAAGCAACCAAACCUGUCGUCUUGGCAACAAAAAAUAUAUAUAAGAAAGAAAGUGUGGUUAAACACAUAAAAAGCGUCCGUUGAUAAGCAGCCCUUAAGAAAAUGCAGGAGAGCUCACACACAGGAUUGUGGUAUUGUCGGUACAAACUGUACAAAAUGAAGUUGACACAUUAACACAAAUUAGCGUGUGGCGUGGCAACUAACCGACUGUGAGUUGAUGGCUGAAACACAUUGUUAGGCCUUUGACUUAAAAAAAAUGUGUACAUUAUUUUAUUAUCGUCAGCAGUUGCUGCUUUAUAAUCGUAUAUGCUUUAACCAAAACAUGUAUAUUGUGUAAAAAAAAACUAAAAAAAAGAAAAAAAGGUUAUGAGAUCCUUCACCAAAACGUUGUAACUUAAAUAUCAGUGGUAUAUUUAGUUCAUCCUUGAAUUUACUGUGUGGUGGGAACCCUAUUCGUUCAUUUUCUGCUCAUGAAAUCGAUACAUUUUACAAUUAUUUAGGAUGACAUGCAGCAAGUAAAUUAUAUAAACGCAGUUGCCGUGGUGUUCACCACGUUCUAUUCUGAGCAUUUAAGUCACUUGUACAAAGAGUUUGCCACCUGCUUUGAUAUUCCCAGGAUCAUCCUCUUGCUGAGGUGGCAAUCCUGGGAAAAUAUGCAAGUCUUCCCAGGACAUUGAGGCUCGAUUUUUUUGUCGGUUACGUAAUAAUACAGAUAACUCAAGACGUUAUUCUAAAUCAGGAUGUCGUCAACCAAAAUAAGAAGGGGCACAUGAAUUCGAAUUGGCUAAAAGAAAACGUCAAUAUUUCCAGAGCCGAAAUCCCAACGUGAAUAACGUUACACGAGGCAGCCCUCUUAAAGAGCCGCAUGCGGCUAUCGGAGCUGCAGGUUACUGACCGCUGUUCUAAAUACUUCCUCCCACGAUGUGUCCUGGUAUGUUUUUAUUUUAUUUUCUUACCUCGCCAGCGGCAAACUGUAAUUGUACUGCGAGUUAUCAUUGUUCCGAGACGGAUCGGGAUGGUUAUCGUUCAUGCACACGGUGACGAUUUUCCAAAAGGGAUGUACAUCUGAAGAGGCGAAGCGAGGCAUCCAACCCCCCACCACCCCCCGUACAACCACACGGAACGUCACCACAUUUGUAAAUUCACCGAGGGAAGAGACGUUACUGGAGCUGUGGGCAGAAAAUAAAGGACGAGAGAAAAAAAAAUAACCACAAUGUAAUCAUGCAUGUCCAAUACAGUAUAUCAAUAUUCCUGCGGUACAUCAAUAGUACUUUUCUGCUAGGUUACAACAAAAUCCCGAGUAUGCGUAGAUGAGCAUUCUGAAGCUUGACGGAUUAACACGAAAGGUACUUUCAUUGGCAUGUCGCCGACCCAUUGGUACGAUGGCAAAAAAUUCCAGUUGUGUUUGCACCUCAGUAGCGUCAGGUAAGAAGAUAUGGACGUGAAUCUGUUAAGCCAAUCUAUAUUACUAUGUUUUGGUUCAUAGUCUUCGUCUCUGCAUUAUAAUAAAAUGCUAUCAAUUCUUUUUCGACCAUGCCUUGCAUUUUAUGGUACAGUUUUGACAUAGUUUUUGUAUUAUAAUAAAUAGCCACUUUUUAUGUACCUCUAUAAUAUAGCAAAUAUAUUUGUUCUGUCGUUUUCAUAAUAUUCUACUGCAUCGUAACCAACUUAUAGGGUUUAAACAUUUUGUUUCGGAAAAGCGCCUUCAUUUCGGCAAGGCUGAAAAAGUACAGCGUCGUCUUAACAUUAUUGAAAGAACAUAAGUGACCAAAAAAAAAUCUUUAAGCUCCUGCUCAUUUACUUAUAAGAUGACUGUUACCUAUGGUAAAAAGUGGCAAACAUGUUAACACUAUAUCUCUGUCGUAUACCUGUAAAAAGCAUCUAGCCUAACCUGAACUGCCGUUUGUAACUUUCAUCUGUAGCAAUUAGCAAAACGUUCCUGUAACAGAAAAAUAAAUGUUUUGUCUCA